AUGGAGGAGGGACAACAGCAGACAGGAUAUGCAGAGGACGCCGGGGAGGUUUCCAUGGAAACCUUCAAAACUCAAGAGGAAGGAUUUUGCCAUAGGAUAAAGCAGCGCGAAUAUCGACAGAGGGUUGUGCGCUCUCUUUGGAUAGCCGGGGCCCUCUACGUCAUUGGAGUACUGGAAAGCCAAGCUGGCCCUACCUUCUUGGAUCUUCAAAUCAUCACAGACUCAGAUGUGAAACAAGCUUCAGCCUUCUUCACAUCGCAUUCGUGUGGCUAUAUGACUGGAGCAGCUCUGAGUGGGCUUCUUGGGGAAAAGGUAAACAAGACCCUUGUCCUUUUCCUGACUUUGCUGGGAGCAGGUGUGAGCUCAAUCCUGACCCCUUACUGUAACCUUUACUCACUCAUGAUCGUUGUCAAGGUGAUAGGAGGCGUGUUUGUUGGGCUGCUGGAUUCGACUGCAAAUGCCGAACACAUGAGACUCUGGGGCAACGAGGGGAGGUCACUUAUGCAAAUCAUCCACCUGCUUUUCGCCAUUGGUGGAGUUACGUCCCCCCUCAUCACCAGACCUUUCCUCGCCCAGAGAGAAAGACUCGACGACACACUGUACAAGAACAACAGCGGUCUGCCUGAGAACGAGACGUCACAUGUAGAGGAUACGUUCGCUUCCUUUCUCAUGACCUUCGUAGUGCGAGAGUUCAAGGACGUUAGUAAAUCUCAAGGCGCUUACAUCACCGCCAUCUACUGGGCCUCUUUCGCCUGCUCGAGAUUUCUCAUGAUCUUCCUCGCCAAGGCUCUCUCGCCGUCACACAUACUGACUUUAUGCGGAUGUGUCACCUUCCUCUCCUUCUCCUGUUUCGCCAUCAGCGUCCAUCUAAGGGUCAUAACCGGUGUGACUGUACUUGCAGCGUUUGCCGGCCUUGGCAUGUCUGCAGUGUUCCCGUCAGGCUUUUCAUGGUGCGAGUCCAAACUACUUCCGGUGACGCCGAGACUGGGUUCUGGUAUAUUUCUGGGCUCGUCUGUUGGCGCCAUGACGAAUCCGUUACUCAUCGGUUACCUGAUGGAGGAAGUCUCCAACAUCUGGUUCUGUUAUGUUCUGCUUGUCCAGGUGUCUGCUUUAGGCGUUGUGUUCACGUUUCUCAACUGUUUUAACAACCUCUAUGUCAUCAGACGUUAUGGUCCUUUGAGGAGGAAAGAUGCAGACCUUUCUGUUGAAAAUACUGAAUUGUGCCUGAAGUCAGCAGAAGGAUAA